AUGGCUGAAUCAGCUCCUAUGGUAGAAGAGGCAGAAAAGCCUCUCACCGAAGCAGAGAUCGAGGUCCUGCGGAAACAAUACGAACGCGAGGGCGAAUAUGUCACGAUCCAAACCAAAUUUAAUUAUGCCUGGGGACUAAUCAGAUCAAAAAAGGUCGAGGAGAUCGCGUUAGGAAUUACAAUGCUUACAGAAAUCUAUAGAGAUUCGCCUGAAAGACGGCGAGAGUGCCUUUACUUUCUUGCGUUGGGACACUACAAGUUGGCCAACUAUGGCGAUGCGCGUCAAUUCAACCAACAGCUUUUGAAAUUUGAACCAAAUAAUGUGCAAGCGAAAGCUCUAGACAAGCUUAUCGAGGAGAAAGUAUCCCGAGAGGGCGUCAUUGGGUUGGCGAUUGUAAGUGGUGUCCUGGCCGUUGGCGUUGCUCUCGUUGUGGCUAUUAUCCGACAGAGAUCAUCAAAACGCGGCUAA